AUUUCAGAAUAAGUCAGUUGCCUCGAAUCAAGCUCCCAGACGGGUUGCUAUUGUACGUAACGUGCGCGAUUUCUCGGCAAAUCGGUCGAACUUGUGAGUCGAUCUGAAGUGCGGAUCAAGCGUGUGCUGUUUAUCAGAUAAAAACGUGUUGCAAUUUGUUAAUAGUACUUUUGUUAUCUAGAAUCAGAGACACAGAUAUUUUGCAUAUUUCCUGGGUAUUCUCACCAUAGGAGGAGGAAAGUCACCAAAAGGAAUUGCCUCUUUUCUCAGAAAUCACUCUAAAGUCAGUGAAAACGCCACAAAAGAUGAAGUUGCUUCAAAUCUUUGUAGCCAUCGCGGUGAUAGCAACAUCAAUAUCAGCCCGCAUGCAUCAUUCAACACAUCUCAGACACCAUGAUGAGAACAAUAACAAUUCAACUGCAGUCCAGAAUGCACCCAAGCUUCCUUCGAGGAAUGCAACUCAACCGCAACAUUCACUGAAAUUGACUGCAAUAAAUUCACGACCUCCACACGUUCGCCGAAGACGUCCAGGUGGGCCCAGAAAGGUUGCAAGAAAUUCAACUACUAUCUUGCAACGGAGAAAUUCCGUUUAUUUGGAUAUUCCUGAUUUCGGACGCGAUACAUGGAGGCGAGAACCGGAGGAGUCAACAUCAACAACAACUGCUGCUCCAGUUCAGACGCCAGUAGUGAAUGCUCGUGGGAAAAACUAUCAUAAAAACCAUGACGGACGGCAUGUGUGCAUGCAACACAAAACCAUCCAAGUGCCGGUUAAAACUACUGAAGUGUACACAAGACCAACUUGGCGUCAUGUCAGCGAACCGUGCCACAUCAACCAAAUCUGCACAACCCUAAAAAUGUUCCAGGAACCCGCUUAUAGGGACAUCAUUCGGCACCAGACAACAAAACAGAUCGUUUACGAUUGUUGUCCUGGUUGGGAGCAGGCUUCAAAAUCAUCAGUUGGAUGUACGAAACCUGUUUGCAAAACAAAAUGCUCGAAUGGAGGAAGAUGCGUUAAACCCGACUUUUGUAGCUGCCCAAAAGGAUUUGCCGGAAAAUAUUGCGAAUUGGACAUAAAUGAGUGCAAGGAGCACAAGCCCUGCGACCAACUUUGCUAUAAUACGGAAGGAUCUUAUUAUUGUAAAUGCCGAGAAGGCUUUAUGUUGCACACAGAUGGUCAGAGUUGCAAAAAAUUAGACGGUGACAUGAAUGGUAUCGAAGCCAAGGACCUUGAAAAUGAAGUCGAUAAUGAAGCUCUCAUUUACCGACUUCAUAAAGUAGAAAAAAUGAUCGCUUCUGAUAAAGUUGCUGCAAAUGAGCUACACAAAACUGUGGAGGAAGCAACAAAUAUGAUUGAUUCGUUGAAAACUCGCGUUAAUAACUUGGAACGCAAAAACUACGAAAUAAACGCAAUCCAAGACAAAUUACGAAAUUAUGAGGCACAAAGUCGGAAAUUGGAGAAUUUAGUUAGUAUUUUGUUCAAAUGCAGAUCGUCUCCAAAUGGAUUCUGUCCCUAAAUAAGUCGUACUGUGUCUUAUAAGGCACUUUUAUAGCCGUUAUGUGUAAAUAUGUGAUAUAGAAAACCAUUUAAAUAAGAGGUAAUUAAGAAAUAUUUAGAUAUAAGCCGGAUGCCGUUAAUUUUAAGUUGUCGUCAAAGUGCAUAGCAUCAACUGAUACCAAGUCAAAAACACAGAUCUUUUUUUCAGUUGCAUUUAAUACAUAUCUAGAUGGUGUUUUCUUGUGUGUUCCAUGAAUCUUUUAUACAUUGAUGUACGUAUCUCAAAAGGGAUACCAUAAAGUGGAUAAAUAAAGAAUUUUCUAU